AGGAUUUUUAAAAAAUCUAAAGUGAGAGCGAAAUCAGUUCAAAUUUCACUUUAUUAUUUUCCACCCCGUUUUUCCCCCUUGUUGUUUGUGAAUUAGAAUAAUGGAAACAAGGACUGAAUUCACACGUUCAUUCAGAAUUACCCUUUUAUGACUUGGGAUUCAUUGCAAUCGCGUUAGCAUCAAUUUUGCUGUGUUUCUCUAAAAAGGAACCAACUGACUGGGAAGGUACUCACAAUUACGCUGUAGCCUAUUAUAACUGUAUACCCUGUAUGGAGCUUAAUGUUAACCAGGGCUUCAUUCCCGAGUUUCGGAAAUCAAGAAUCAAUGAAACAAAUGAUCUCUGAAUAUCUGUGGAGUGCAUUUCCCAUAUCCAUAAGUAUUUGCAGUUGGAAUUUCCAGUGUGAUGCCAAAGGCCCCAGUACUCCCACCAAGCUGUCCUGUAAGCCUAGGCUACUUUACUGAACCUGAAUCUCUGGAGGGGCAGCUACUCAAGCAUGCUACUGAGGGCAAGAGCAAAAAAGCCAAGAUACUACUGAAGAGAGGUGUGGAUGUGGACUGCCACAAUGCAUCUGGACAGACGGGUUUGUAUCUUGCUGCCCUACUAGGACAUGGCCCUCUAGUCCGGCUAUUUCUGCACUUUGGCGCCAACCCCAACCACCGUUGUUAUGAUGGUAGCACUCCAGUCCAUGCAGGCGUUUUCUCUGGCCACCGAAGACUUCUUGGCAACAUCCUACAAGCUGGGGGUGAUCUAAGAUUCCAUGAUCAAAAGGGCCGGACCCCUAAAGACUGGGCCCAGCUUCCUGGGAGUGAGCAGGAUGCUGAGGUCAUGGAUUUCAUACAGCAGUGCUGUGGCCAGAUGGUUAUGCUAGUGCAGCAUGGGAACCAGUCACUCUAUGCAAAAACUGUAGCAUCAUCUCCAUGCAGCAUGCGUUCCUCUUUCUCAUCACUCCUAUCUGCCUCCUUCUGGUAUCUAGACAGCUCCAAAACACUGGGAAACAGUAGGGAGCCAGCUAUCGGAUAUGGACAACUCUGCCCAACCAGAUACCUGCAGCCAGGGGUGGCUGCCUUCACAUUUAUUGCAGACAACGAUGAGUUAAUCAGAGGCCAUGGAGAACCAGACUGGAGUUACCAGAAUGGACCAUACACGCUCAUGCGAAACUUACUAUGGAAUGGGCAGUUUGUCACGGUGCGAAGCUUAAAGCCCGAAGCACAUCCCAACUGCAGUAAAAUGCGUGGCACCAUGGACUUGCUCCUAGCUGAACAAGAAUACUGCAGCCAGCUCCACCAUCCCCAUCUGCUGCUUCUCUUGGCUGUGAGUCCAUCUCUGGAUCUGCAAAAUCUCCAGCUUGUCUUUGAGAGAGUGGAGAUGUGUUCCCUCUACUAUGCCUUGCACUGUGAGAAUUCUAGCUCUCCAGCACCCUCAGCAACUCUGCGCCUGCUACUGCAAGUCUCUGAAGCUCUCUUGUUUCUGCACUCUCGUGGUUAUAUUCACCAGGCUGUGACCUCCCAUGCGGUUCAGCUGGUGAGACCUGGACUCGCCAAGCUCAGCAACCUUGAGUACCUGCAGAAGAGCAGGACAGAGAAAAUCAGGUUAACCCGGCCUAUUCCACCACCUCCACCUCUCUACAACUGGCUGCCCUUGGAAGUAAUUAAAGAGCGCCCAGCAUCUGUGAAUUCUGACCUGUACAGCUUCUGUACGGUGAUCCAGGAGAUCUUUACAGGUGAAGUUCCUUGGAAUGGAUUGGAUGGCCUCACUGUGAAGGAGAAAAUGGAGGCAGGGCAGUCUCUCUUGGCUGAUGCCCGUGUCCCCCAGCCUUUUUAUGAGGUCAUCAAAGGUGGCAUAGCCUUGAAGGAGCGUGACCGGAAGGGCACUUUCCCUGACUUACGCUAUGUUUUGCGGGCAGCCCAGCAGGAUGCCGCAGGGGGCACCCCUCUGGUUUCAUCAUCAGCAUCAUCUCCCAAGAAGCUCUGUAUGUGGGCAGGACAGACUGAGUCAGAUGAAUCAUCCCUCCCAAUAAUUCCUGAAGAGCCACCAUACUUUGAGGUAGAGUCCAGCCACAGGAGUGCAGAACAAAGCACACCCAAUGCCCAGCCUGAAACUAAAACAGAGAGACAGGCACAGAAAAAAGAUCAUCAACAGGCAAGCAUCUCCUGCAAAGCUUCUCUGGAACAGCACCAGAUAUCAAACUCUGACAGUACAUACGAACCAGCAAGCAGUGGUGACGAGUCAGCUGAGUCAGAUGACAGGAGUCUAGUUUCUGCAGAUGUGGCUCUAAAUAGGAGUGACAUUCCCUCCCAGGGAGACACUGUUACCAACCAGGAGGCAACAUUUGUGAGCAGUCUGCAGGAUUCAGCCUGCCUCUUGGCGAAGGCCCAAGCCUCAUUAGAAACUCUUGAGCAACGUUUUGCCUCUGGCAUUCAUAUGUUAGAAUCCUUUGUUAGCCAGCAAGGGGCGCCAGGUCGAAGCUGCCACAGUGAUGGAGCCUUGCUUAAGCGGGUUGUGCUGGAAAAAUGCAAGGAUUACACCCAAAAUCGCUCCCUGCAGACCCUCAUUGAUUUAUCAGCCAAGGCUAGGAAAAAACACCAGAGAAAUCCUGUCUCAGCAGAGAUUUGCCAUAGAUGGGAAAGCACCAUGGAAGGGCCUCCUUGUUGCUUGCAAACGUUUGAUCUUCUUCAGGAAAUUAUCCAAGAGCUGCAAGGAACAGGCGACUCCCCCACUGUGAGUCAAAGGCAACAAGCAAGAAAUGGAAAAGGAAAAGCUCCUGUCUCACUCUCAAGGCAAAAGACAGCAGCUCCAGCCCUCACCACAGGGCAAGGGAUGGUUGCUAGUUUGAAGGAUCAGUGAUCAGUCAUCAUCACACCAGUUCUAUUGGAGACUGGUUUGAAAUCAACCGGAGCUCCCAUUAUGAAAUAAAAGCAAUCUGUCUCCACAUUAACUUAUCAAACAGUAUGCACCUUGAGAGUCUAGUAUGCCUGAUUAACAACCUCUGAUGUUAUAACCUCAGAAAAAUUAAGUAGUCCAAAGGAUUUCUGUACUCCAGUGCAAGGUCUGUUUGUAAUUUUUGUCACAAUAGGCCAAUAUGAUUUGUGGAGGACUCAGGGAAGUGUAGCAACGGGUCAAGUUUGUGGGAAAGGCUGACCAUCAAAGGUCUUUCUAACAAUUUUUCACAGGCACACAUUCUUUAACUCACUUUCUGUUGUGCUUUGUGCAAGUAGAAAUGUACAAAGCUAGGCAUUCUGAGACAGCAAUGUUCACAUACAGAAUCUUUUAGUUCCCUGUUUUCAACACAAAUAGUGUGAAAGCAAUUUAGGUGCACCUUUUAAAAAAUGUAAAUAGCCGCUGUGGGGAGGAGAAAAGUGUAGCAGGUAGGAAGGGGAUUUAACCCUUUCUUCAUACACUGUGAUCCUGAUGAAAAUUCCCCAACCCCUGAGCUGCUAUUAACCCCAAGACAAAAUACCCCAUUGAUGCUCAUUUCAUUGGGAUUGCAUCUUGAGAGGGAAAGUGUUAAACCUCACUGUCCAUUGUGGUUCCAGGGUUCUUUUAGGGGCGGGGGGGAAGCCCACACUAUUUGCAUUUGUUAAAAUCAUUAACAUUAAUUUCUUUCACACAAUUAGUCACUUUUAGUUUAUCCCUCUGUGUAAUACUUUAAUUUUAUUUUUAAAACCUCCAUAAGCUGCUCUGGAAAGUCUUAACAAGCACAAGGAUAUGAUAGCUUGCUUAUCCCUCUUCUAAUUUCUCCCACCUCGGUCCUAACCAAGCUGGCACAGACUUAGCUUUUGUAGUCUAACAGCAUCAUUUCCCCCUCAGGCCAAUCUCUGAGUUAUCAGUGUGGCCAGAUACCUGGCCUGUAUCACUAUCACAAUAAAAAUGAGGAUUCUGUUUUCAGUCUGGCUUUAUGUCACUUCUCUGUAAAAUGAAGGGAGAACAGCUUUGGGGUUUGUUUUUUUAUUGAAAAGGGCACUUUGUACUAACAAAUGGGUCUCAAG